UUCUCUGCUGCUACUCACCAACCUUGACAAAGCCGCCUUUCUAAUUGACCCGACGGUCAAACUCGUCAAUGACGUCGAUUGUGAAGAAAACGAGCCACAUGUCACCUGUGCGCUACUUUCCUUCCUCCAUGCAUCGAAAUCGUCCCAUUUUUGUGUGCAUUCCUCCUCCCAACUCCUCUCCAUCUACUCACUCUCAAGAACCCAAGAAACCCUCUAAAACCCCUCAAACCCACCACCAGGUUAACACCCCAAGAAGAUGAGAGCCAUGGAGAAAACCAUCCCAACUCCGACUGGAACAAGAAGAACCAAAACAAGAACAAGGAACGCCACCGCCACCUUUGUUUUGGCUUCAUUUCUUCUUCUGGUCGAGGGAGUGGUGGCGCCGCCGUGGGGCAGCGGCGGGGAGUGGCAGCUUCUCCAUGCGAGCAUCGGCAUCUCGGCAAUGCACAUGCAGCUGCUCCCCGGCGACAAGGUGGUGAUGUUCGACCGCACCGACUUCGGCCCCUCCAACAUCUCCCUCCCCGGCGGCCGCUGCCGCUCCGACCCUGCCGACCUCGCCCUCCCUAUCGACUGCACCGCCCAUUCCGUCCUCCUCGACCUCCCCACCGCCGCCCUCCGCCCCCUCACCCUCCUCUCCGACACAUGGUGCUCCUCCGGCGCCCUCCUCCCCAACGGCACCCUCCUCCAGUCCGGCGGCUUCAACGACGGGGACCACUCCAUCCGCCUCUUUGAUUCCGUCUCCGGCGAUCCCCUCGCCGACUGGCAAGAGCUCCCCUCCUACCUCGCCGUCCGCCGCUGGUACGCCUCGGACCAGCUCCUCCCCAACGGCCGUGUCCUCAUCGUAGGCGGCCGCCGUCAGUUCUCCUACGAGUUCUUCCCCAGCCAAGAAUCCGCCGCCGGCAGUGGUGGCCACGGAGCUCUCUUUCCGUUCCCGUUCUUGGAGGAGACUCGCGACGCCAACGCGGAGAACAACCUGUACCCGUUCCUCCACCUCCUUCCCGAUGGCACUCUCUUCGUCUUCGCCAACACCCGCGCCGUCAUCCUGGACAUCGCCAGCCACCAGGUCCUCCGCCGCCUCCCGCCCAUCGCCGACGACGUCCCCCGCAACUACCCUAGCUCCGGGUCCUCCGUCCUCCUCCCCCUCCGCCUGGCACCUGGCGGCACCACCCUCCCACGGCCCGAGGUCCUUAUCUGCGGCGGCGCCCCCCGCGGCUCCUACGAGAGCGCCCUCCGCGGCGUCUUCCUCCCCGCCGCCACCACCUGCGGCCGGAUCGGCCCUUCCGACCCGAACCCGGCCUGGAUCAUGGAGACCAUGCCGAUGCCCCGGGUCAUGGGAGACAUGGUCCUCCUCCCCACCGGCGACGUCCUCAUCGUCAACGGCGCCGCCGCCGGGACCGCCGGUUGGGAGCUCGCCCGCGAACCGGUAAUGAACCCGGUUCUCUACAGCCCAGGCGCCUCGGCCGAGCUCCGGUUCACGCUGCUGAACGGGUCGAGCAUCCCGCGGUUGUACCACUCGACCGCGCUUCUGGACCCAUACGGACGAGUGUUGGUCGGAGGGAGCAACCCGCACGUAGGGUACAACUUCACGAACGUGACGUACCCGACGGAGCUGAGCCUGGAGGCGUUCCACCCGCCGUAUCUGGCGUCCGCGGGGCCGCGGGUGGUGGCGGCGGGAGCGCCGGAGGCAGAGGUGGGGUACGGGGAGGUGGUGGCGGUGCGGUUCGAGGUGGUGGCGUACGUGGAGUGGACUGGUACGGGCUCGGUGGAGGUGGUGGCGAUGGCGCCGGGAUUCGCGACGCACGCGGUGGGGAUGAACCAGCGUGCGGUGGUGCUGCCGGUUGGGAGGGUGACGCAGGUGGGGCCCUUCGAGUACGUGGCGGAGGCGGAGGCGCCGCCCUCGCCGGAGGUGGCGCCGCCGGGGUACUACCUCUGGUUCGUGGUGCACGCCGGGCUGCCCAGCCAGGGGGUGUGGGUCCGGAUCCGCCCUACCCCGUGACCAUCCUGCCUUGUCUUUCGAUAUUUGCUGUUUUCUUGGAUCCUUCUUUGUUCGUUGGAUUGAGUUUAGAGGGCUGAUAAUGAGUUAUGUAUAACUUGGAAUUGGCUGGGCGGAUGUCUUAUAAUGCGUGGAAUGGGAUGGUUACAAAUACUCUUAAACAUGAAUGUCGCGCAAAGAAAUGCCAUGAAUCCGGCUCACCGAAACGACGCCUCAGAAAAAACAAAAGAAGCAUAAAACCUAUGCAAAUAUGUUCUCAAAAUUUUAACAUUUCCCUAUUGAUGCCCACCUUGUUUUGUCUCAAUUUUAUCGCAUGCGGCAAGGUUGAUUAAAUUGUGUUCUUCUACCAAUAGUAUGAUGGUCAAAUACUUUCAUAAAAGUUGCGAAGAUGCGACCGUUGGUUGGUCGCUAGUUUUCAUUGAGUUUUACUAGUUGACUUUACAGUGCUACAGCCAAGCUGUUACAGAACCACCGAGUACAUCAAUGGAAGCUAAUGCAGUAGCUUUAGGUGUCAUGAUCAGAUACAUGUUUCAGAAUGAGAAAUAGGAUCUGAACUUAAUAUACUCAUCAAUAACUGGAAUAAGAGCUGCAACGCAAAUCAAAGCAAAAAAUUACAAAUCAACUAACAAAAUUAACAAAUUGCCAUAAGUCCAAAAAUCAAGUGGUGCUAAGCUCAAAAAGGAUGCGAUACCCAUCAUCUGAAAUCUGUCAUCAGAAUGGCAGCAGAUACAUCCAGCCACCCAAACAAUAGCAGUCAGUGUUUUCUGAAACCAAGUUAUUCAGACACUUGAUGCAUUGAGGAACUUUCAGGUUGGUGUCCAACUGUUUAUAGCAUGCCUGUCUUGAACUAGCAGCAAAAAUAUAUGUAAUAAUUCUUUCUUGAAAAAAAGCUGCCCAACCAGAUUAAUGUUAACUUCUACCAUCCCCCAUUCAUGCAUCAUAUAUGUCUUCAUUAGUUGGGGACCACAAGUGGAGUCAUAAUUUGGAUGACCUGAACUCUGGAUUUCCUGGUUUCUCACGGCAUUCCAACAUGUAUCAAAAAGUAGAUCUAAACAACAACAAACUCAUUAGCAGGCGAAUAAUGCUACUGGCUCCUAAAAAAGUUACAGGGAAAUCCCCAAAACACCAAUCCAAUUUAUCCCUACUUCAGCAUUACAUAUCAUCUACUCACCAAAUGCAGUUCAUAACUUCUGCAGAGCUUCAAGUAUUUGAAGCAAAAUAUAUAAAUAACGUCAAGAUCGCCAGUUAGACAUGAACCAUUGCUGCUUCUCUAUUUCUCUUGCCACUCAAAACAGCCAGGCCAGGAUAUAUAUAUAUAUAUUCAGCAUCUUGCUCCAAGGAGGUAUCUUUCCUACAUGCUUUCCUUUCACGUCCACGAUACAAACAAGGCAAUGAUGAACACAUAAACAGGUCUCAUUUGGUACCAAACAUCAAUACACUUUCUUCUUAAAGUCAGCACUAAAGCAUCACCUAGUCAAACUUAGCAUGCUAUAAUCUAGUGACAUCACUUCCACUGUAGAUAAAUCUAAUCAAUAUCAAACUCAUUAACAAGAGAACUGUUGGAACUCAUCUUAGAAGAAAAGCUAUUAAAGAAUUUCGCACAAAUCUUUUCACUUCAGAGACAGACACAAUGAGGCACAAGCUUGUCUAAAGACCACAAGAUGCUGAAAACACUGCUUCAAUUCACUUCAUGAGAGACGAAAAAUAGCAAAAUUACUACUGAAACAAUCUUGGAAAAGGCAGCAAUAACAAAGUGUCAGAUGCAAAAGAAACUAUGGCUACUUAAAGGAUCUCUAGUUAAGUGAAUAACAUAUAGCAUCUGAAAAAGAUUCUUUCCAGAAGUAGUAAUCAUGUGCGUAUGUUGAAACAUAGAAGAAAUUAAGUGAGUCCGGUUGCUUGGUGACUUGGAUUAAAAUCAUUUCUCCAACAACAUCAGUAAUAUUAUGUGACUUGCUAGUUAAUAUUGAUAACCGUCAAGGAUGCUUAUUAUAGAAGUUUUCACACAUCUCGGUCAAAAUCUUUUGAAUCUAAGAGCCAGGAAUGAAUGGGAAAAGGAGUCGGAAUGAGAUCUUCACAUUUCCUAAGCUUCUAUAGGCUGCACGUUACAAUAAUUGCAAAAAUAUACAUCUGCUGUAGCCCAAGUGCUAUUCUUCAAGCCAUGAAGAGUGCGUUGUAGUUUAGAUUCAAUAGUGCACUAUAACCAAGAAAAUUAAUGGAUUUAGGGAGCAUGGGAAAUAAAGGUAAAUAUCAACUUUCAAUGGGAGCCCAAUAAGAUGAAAAUUAAGGGGAUCCAUCUCUACAGAUAUCACAAUGAAGUCAACUAGAAAUUCAUAGGAGUAUAAUUUUAAUAAUAAGAAAUACUUGAUGAUGAGAUUUGGUUAGAGAUUCCAUAUAGGACUUCCCCUGUUAGUCAUUUCAAAAUAAUGAAUCAGACAUUUGUAAGAAAAACUAUUAAAAUCAUGAGUUAAACUACUAGUUCAAAAGCAAAUCUGGGAGUUUGACUAUGCAGUCAUAGCUAGUCGGUGUCCAUCCAAUUUGAUAAGGGAAGAUGAGAGGUAUUUGUGCCAUGUAGGUUGCUCAAAACAGAUAUUUAUUGCAAAACAGAAAUUUCAUGGGAAUUUAGUCAUCCAAGACAAAUUCAUCGAGCAUUAUCCUUGGUUUUAAUAAGCUAACCUGAUGCUUUUAGAAUGACAUGUAGGGUAAGUGUGCAACCAUGAUGGAAGAAGGCACUUCUUCCGGGGAAAAAAAAUGUUGUAGGAAAAUAAACAGUGAGAGGAUCCACAUGGUCUACUGGAAGAGCAAGGACCAACUCUUAGUUUAAAAAUCAAGAAUCGGUUCUUGUUCUUGUAGUGAACUCCUUUGCUAAGAUCAGGAAAAGCAAGCAAUCAACUCCUCCCCUUAUAGACGCACAGAACCACAUUACUGGCAGUCAAUAAUGAUACUUAAGCCUAUCAUGGUCCUUUAUUUAGUCUGUAUAUUUAGAUAUGUUCAUAUGGUGAUUUAUGUGCAUGGUGUGCUUGUGCAACAUAAAGUGGAGACAUAUGUAUCAAA